CCGCGCGCCGCCGCCGCCCUCCCGGCCCGUCCGCCAUGAACAGCGUGGGUGAGGCGUGCACGGAGCUGAAGCGGGACUACGACCACUGCUUCAACCGCUGGUUCGCCGACAAGUUCCUCAAGGGCGAAGCCUCCGGGGACCCCUGCGGCCGCCUCUUCAAGCGAUACCAGCAGUGCGUCCAGAAAGCAAUAAAGGAGAAGGAGAUUCCCAUUGAAGGCCUGGAGUUCAUGGGGCACAGUAAGGAGAAAUCGGAGAGCUCCUCUUUCCCUUGACGAGAAUCUCCACGCUAACAUCCCUGGGACUUCGAAAUCAGGACGCCGGUUUCUACUGAUGAGAAUGACGAAGGUGACCAGUGAUCUGACGUGACUUCUUAGUUCCACCUCCCUGCCGUUUUCCUCUUCCCGGGCUACAAGGUCGUGGGGAAUUUUAGCAUCUAUUUUCAUACGGCACCUCUGGGGAGCUUGGCAUCUUCUCAGAAAGCUUAGGCACUAAAUGAAAUAUUUAGAUUGUGCACUUCAAAAGUCAUGGGGCACUUUAGCGUCUAUUUUCAUACAGCACCUCUGGGGAGCUUGGCAUCGUAUCAAAAAGCUUAGGCACUAAAUGAAAUAUUUAGAUUGUGCACUUCAAAAGUCAUGGGGCACUUUAGCGUCUAUUUUCAUACAGCACCUCUGGGGAGCUUGGCGUCUUAUCAAAAAGUUUAGGCACUAAAUGAAAUAUUUAGAUUGUGCACCUCAAAAGUCAUGGGGCAUUUUAGCGUCUAUUUUCAUACGGCACCUCUGGUUAGCUUGGCAUCUUCUCAAAAAGCAUAGGCACUAAAUGAAAUUUAGAUUGUGCACCUCAAAAGUCAUGGGGCACUUUAGCGUCUAUUUUCAUACGGCACCUCUGGGUAGCCUGGCAUCGUAUAAAAAAGCUUAGGCACUAAACGAACGUUAGAUUGUGCACCUCAGAAGUCAUGGGGCAUUUUAGCGUCUGUUUUCAUACGGCACCUCUGGGUAGCCUGGCAUCGUAUAAAAAAGCUUAGGCACUAAACGAACGUUAGAUUGUGCACCCCAAAAGUCAUGGGGCACUUUAGCGUCUAUUUUCAUACAGCGCCUCUGGGUAUCCUGGCAUCGUAUCAAAAAGCUUAGGCGCUAAACGAACGUUAGAUUGUGCACCUCAAAAGUCAUGGGGCACUUUAGCGUCUAUUUUCAUACGGCACCUCUGGGGAGCUUGGCAUCUUCUCAAAAAGCUUAGGUGCUAAACGAACGUUAGAUUGUGCACCUCAAAAGUCAUGGGGCACUUUAGCGUCUGUUUUCAUACGGCACCUCUGGGGAGCUUGGCAUCUUCUCAAAAAGUUUAGGCACUAAAUGAAAUAUUUAGGUUGUGCACCUCAAAAGUCAUGGGGCACUUUAGCGUCUAUUUUCAUACGGCACCUCUGGGUAGCUUGGCAUCAUAUCAAAAAGCUUAGGUGCUAAACGAAUGUUAGAUUGUGCACCUCAAAAGUCAUGGGGCAUUUUAGCGUCUAUUUUCAUACGGCACCUCUGGGGAGCUUGGCAUCAUCUCAAAAAAAUUAGGUGCUAAACGAACGUUAGAUUAUGCACCUCAAAAGUCGUGGGGCAUUUUAGCGUCUAUUUUCAUACGGCACCUCUGGGUAGCCUGGCAUCGUAUCAAAAAGCUUAGGCGCUAAAUGAACGUUAGAUUGUACACCUCAAAAGUCAUGGGGCAUUUUAGCGUCUAUUUUCAUACGGCACCUCUGGGUAGCUUGGCAUCUUCUCAAAAAGCGUAGGCACUAAAUGAAAUUUAGAUUGUGCACCUCAAAAGUCAUGGGGCACUUUAGCAUCUAUUUUCAUACGGCACCUCUGGGGAGCUUGGCAUUUUCUCAAAAAGCUUAGGCACUAAACGAACGUUAGAUUGUGCACGUCAAAAGUCAUGGGGCGUUUUAGCGUCUAUUUUCAUAAGGCACCUCUGGGGAGUUUGGCAUCUUAUCAAAAAGCUUAGGCGCUAAAUGAACAUUAGAUGAUUGUGCACCUCAGAGAUCAUGGGGCAUUUUAGCGUCUAUUUUCAUACAGCACCGCUGGGUAGCUUGGCAUCGUAUCAAAAAGCUUAGGCGCUAAAUGAACGUUAGAUUGUGCACCUCAAAAGUCAUGGGGCACUUUAGCGUCUAUUUUCAUACGGCACCUCUGGGGAGCUUGGCAUCGUAUCAAAGAGCUUAGGCGCUAAACGAACGUUAGAUUGUGCACCUCAAAAGUCAUGGGGCAGUUUAGCGUCUAUUUUUAUACAGCACCUCUGGGUUGCCUGGCAUCGUCUCAAAAAAAUUAGGUGCUAAACGAACGUUAGAUUAUGCACCUCAAAAGUCAUGGGGCACUUUAGUGUCUAUUUUCAUGCGGCACCUCUGGGUAGCUUGGCAUCUUCUCAAAAAGCUUAGGCGCUAAACGAACGUUAGAUUGUGCACCUCAAAAGUCAUGGGGCACUUUAGCGUCUAUUUUCAUGCGGCACCUCUGGGUAGCCUGGCAUCGUAUCAAAAAGCUUAGGCGCUAAAUGAAUGUUAGAUUGUGCACCUCAAAAGUCAUAGGGCACUUUAGCGUCUAUUUUCAUACAGCACCUCUGGGGAGUUUGUCAUCUUAUCAAAAAGCUUAGGCGCUAAACGAACGUUAGAUUGUGCACCUCAAAAGUCAUGGGGCAUUUUAGUGUCUAUGUUCAUGCAGCACCUCUGGGUUGCCUGGCAUCGUAUCGAAAAGCUUAGGCGCUAAACGAACGUUAGAUUGGGCACCUCAAAAGUCAUGGGGCACUUUAGCGUCUAUUUUCAUACGGCACCUCUGGGGACCUUGGCAUCUUCUCAAAAAACUUAGGCUCUAAACAAACGUUAUAUUGUGCACCUCAAAAGUCAUGGGGCACUUUAGCGUCUAUUUUCAUACGGCACCUCUGGGUAGCUUGGCAUCUUCUCAAAAAGCUUAGGCGCUAAAUGAACGUUAGAUUGUACACCUCAAAAGUCAUGGGGCAUUUUAGCGUCUGUUUUCAUACGGCACCUCUGGUUAGCUUGGCAUCUUCUCAAAAAGCAUAGGCACUAAAUGAAAUUUAGAUUGUGCACCUCAAAAGUCAUGGGGCACUAUAGCAUCUAUUUUCAUACGGCACCUCUGGGGAGCUUGGCAUCUUCUCAAAAAGCUUAGGCACUAGACGAACGUUAUAUUGUGCACCUCAAAAGUCAUGGGGCACUUUAGCGUCUAUUUUCAUACGGCGCCUCUGGGUAGCUUGGCAACUUCUCAAAAAGCUUAGGCGCUAAACGAACGUUAGAUUGUGCACCUCAAAAGUCAUGGGGCAUUUUAGUGUCUAUUUUCAUGCGGCACCUCUGGGUAGCCUGGCAUCAUAUCAAAAAGCGUAGGCGCUAAACGAACGUUAGAUCGUGCACCUCAGAUGCCUCCGGGGAUCCGGUCCACGAUCGGUUUCUAAAGCGGUUAAUUUAUAAACGAUGAUGACGAUACUUGGAGUCCCUAGUACCGGGUUUCAGGGGAGGCUCACUGGGGCCAUUUUUCUGGGCCGCAACCGCCGCCCUGAUAGUAGGCCUUAGGUGGACAGUCCAGGGUCAGCCCUCGCGUGCCGGAGGUUUUAUUUUAACGCAGCGAUCGAUCCUAGCGCCAUUGGUUGCCGCUCGAAGACCCACCUCGGUCCCCGCCUUGGAGGAAGCGAGCCGCCCGGCUCUUCGGGAACCGUCCACGGAUGCGGAGCGGGAAGGACCGGGAGCUGUCCGAGAAAAUCUCAGCAGUCACCGACCACCUCAAGUCGACACCUUCUCCAGGGACUGGAAUGAAGACGCCUUUUCCGCCCCUCCGAAACCCGGCCACGGUCGGUCGAGGAGGAAGGAUUUAGAUUUGAAUCCCUUCCCCGUCGCGGGGCGGGUGCCGUGGCGCCGUAUUAGAGAGAAGAAGUGGGCUGGUUGCCCUACUGCUUCUAUGAUCCUAUAAUCGUAGAGAUGGAAUAAAUCGUGAUACUA